AUGACUCAUUGCGACGUGUGCCUUCGUGUUGGUGAACCACUGGGAGGUGCCGUGGUGACCGGUGGUGACCCCAUGGGUCCGGUGGUGACUGGUGCAGUCGCCAGGAGCCAAACCUCUGAUUCUGAAACCGCGGGCGAUGACCACGGAGUCAGAGGUGGACCCAACACAGCAGCCGGAGCUGGCGCAUUUGUUCAGGCAGGGAAGGAUUUCAUGCCAUCUGAGCAGGAGCAAGCUGAAGCAGAGAUGCGGCGCUUGCGUUCCAAACAGGAACCUGAGGAUGAGAGAUCAGCCAUGAUCAAGCAACGUGUGGAGGAAGGAGUGAAGAGGCUGAUGGAGGACUUCGAGUUGAAAUUGAAGGAGCAGGAUGAGCGCUUCCAGACGAUGUUGAAUGGGUGA